AUGCCAUCUGCAUUUGAUCUAAUAAUUGAUUCAGGCAGUGGUAGCGGUAGUGGUGUGCAGACCGAUGAUAUAAAAUAUGGUUCAUCACCAACAUCAUCAUCAUCACCAUCAUCAGUUGGUGGUGGUCCAUUUAAUACAUCGACAAGUUCUCGCACAGCGACUAUUACUGAUCCAUCAUUUCCUUAUUUUCCACCACCAUUUAAUCCAACAUUUGCAGCUCAAUUUGAAAUACAUGCAGCAACAAGUGCUAUGGAGCAUUAUCCAACAUUUAAUUAUGGUACAGUAAAUGGUUCAUCAGUAUCAUCGUCAUCAUCAUCUUAUGGAAGUACAUCAACAAGUAUGCAUCAUCAUCAUACAAAUACAAACAAUAAUGCAUUUAAUACAUCAUCAUAUGAUCCAUAUGCAACUGCUUAUGUAGCAACGGCUGCUGUCGCACGUCAUCAUCAGUCGAUUCUUGAUGUUCAUCAUCAACAAGCAGCAGAAUUAUAUUCUCGUCAUGCACAACAUCAUCAGACAUCAUCAACUUCGCUUGUCGAUAAUACAGCUCGUAUUCUUAAUGGUGGAGAUGACUUACAAACUGAUGAAUCAUCUUAUCUUAGAUCUUCAGCAAGUAGAGAUGGUCGACGUUCGAAUCGAUCCCGCGAUUCAAGUUCAUUUUCUUCAAUGUGUUCUGGAAAUGGUAAUGGACCUAUGUCACCGACAGAUUUCUUUUGUCAAGUACCUGGUCGAUUAUCACUUUUAAGUCAAUCAUCAAAAUAUAAAGUAACAAUAAGUGAAAUUCAACGACGUCUUGGUUCACCUGAAAAUCUCAAUGCAUCAUUACUUGGUGGUGUUCUAAGACGAGCUAAAUCAAAGAAUGGUGGUCGAGAUCUACGUAAUAGAUUAGAAAAAAUAGGUGUUACUCUACCAGCUGGUCGUCGUAAAACAUCGACAACAACAUUAUUUACUUCUCUUGUUGAAGGAGAAGCAAAUCAAUUAGCAAUAGAUUUUCGUACGAUAUGUGAAGCUGAGUUUCCAGUUAGAAUUACUGCAAAUUAUAUAUCAAGACAUUAUUCAGAACCAAAUGAAAUUAGUACACGGCGAAAUAUGAUUUUAGCUGCAAAACAAUUAGUUCAAGAAUUCAGUGAUUUACUCAAACAAGAUCGAUCACCUGUAAAUGUUGCAUCAUCAAAUAAUGCUAUGUCUUUGAAUUCUCGACAUACAUCUAAUUCAUCGUUGAUUUCUCAUCAUCAUAUACCUUCAAUUCCAUCUAUUCUUGAUCCAUCUGUACAACGAUCAUUAUUAAUAUUUUCUCUUAUAACACAUGGUUUUGGUACACCAGCUAUAGCCGCUGCUGUCGAUGUAUUUCAAUCAUAUUUAAAUGAAAUGCUUAAAAAUUAUGAAGAAAAUUAUCCAAUGUUUAUGGCAACAACAUCAUCAAAAAAUGGAUGCAGUGGUAGUGACAUCGAUUAA